GAGGAGCGGCGGUGGCGGCGCUGCAGCAGCGGGCGGGACUGGUAUGGUGGUUCCACAGGUCAGACCCCGCUGCACUCAAAGGGAGGAGGCGGUGGCAGCGGCGGAGGAAGGCGGCGCACCUCGAGAGGCAUGCCCAAAGAAAAAUACGACUCUCCUGACCCUCGGAGGAUGUACACAAUCAUGUCCUCUGAGGAAGCAGCAAAUGGAAAGAAAUCACAUUGGGCAGAGCUUGAAAUAAGCGGAAAAGUAAGAAGCUUAAGCUCAUCUUUGUGGUCACUAACUCACUUGACAGCUUUGCAUCUGAGUGACAAUUCCCUGUCCCGCAUUCCUUCAGACAUUGCCAAGCUUCACAAUCUGGUGUAUCUGGACCUGUCCUCUAAUAAAAUCCGUAGUUUACCCGCAGAACUCGGAAACAUGGUAUCACUCAGGGAGCUCCAUUUAAAUAACAACCUGUUACGAGUUCUACCUUUUGAGCUGGGAAAACUGUUUCAGUUGCAGACUUUAGGCCUAAAAGGAAAUCCACUUACCCAAGAUAUAUUGAACCUCUAUCAGGAACCAGAUGGAACAAAAAGGCUACUGAAUUAUUUGCUUGAUAAUUUGUCAGGUACUGCAAAAAGAAUUUCAACAGAACAACCACCUCCAAGAUCUUGGAUUAUGUUGCAAGAACCAGAUAGAACAAGGCCAACUGCCUUGUUUUCUGUCAUGUGCUAUAAUGUUCUUUGUGAUAAAUAUGCGACCCGGCAGUUAUACGGCUACUGUCCAUCAUGGGCACUAAAUUGGGACUACAGGAAAAAGGCCAUUAUUCAAGAAAUCUUGAGCUGCAAUGCUGAUAUUAUAAGUCUUCAGGAGGUUGAAACAGAACAAUAUUAUAGUUUUUUUCUGGUAGAACUGAAAGAACGUGGUUAUAAUGGAUUCUUUAGUCCUAAAUCUCGAGCUAGGACAAUGUCAGAACAAGAAAGAAAACAUGUUGAUGGCUGUGCAAUAUUCUUCAAGACUGAAAAAUUUACUUUGGUUCAGAAACACACUGUUGAAUUUAAUCAGCUAGCAAUGGCAAAUUCAGAAGGGUCUGAAGCUAUGCUGAACAGAGUCAUGACAAAAGAUAACAUUGGAGUUGCAGUACUGCUAGAACUUCGAAAGGAAUUGAUUGAAAUGUCAUCUGGAAAGCCACAUCUUGGAACAGAAAAACAACUUAUUCUUGUGGCUAAUGCUCAUAUGCAUUGGGACCCUGAAUACUCUGAUGUAAAAUUGGUACAAACUAUGAUGUUCCUCUCAGAAGUAAAGAACAUUAUUGAUAAAGCUUCUCGAAGUCUCAAAUCCAAUGCAUUGGGAGAAUUUGGAACUAUUCCACUUGUGUUAUGUGCAGAUCUUAAUUCUUUGCCUGACUCUGGUGUUGUAGAAUAUUUGAGCACUGGUGGAGUAGAAACAAAUCAUAAAGACUUUAAGGAACUGAGAUAUAAUGAAAGUCUUAUAAACUUCAGCUGCAAUGGGAAGAAUGGAAUGACCAACGGAAGGAUCACUCAUGGUUUCAAGUUAAAGAGUGCCUAUGAGAGUGGCCUGAUGCCUUACACAAAUUACACAUUUGAUUUCAAGGGUAUAAUUGACUACAUCUUCUAUUCUAAACCUCAACUGAACACUUUAGGCAUCCUGGGACCUCUGGACCACCAUUGGCUAAUUGAGAAUAAUAUCAGUGGCUGCCCACACCCACUUAUCCCCUCCGACCACUUCUCACUUUUUGCACAACUGGAGCUCUUACUGCCUUUCCUGCCCCAAGUUAAUGGCAUUCACCUUCCUGGCAGGAGGUAGUCAAGUACCUACAGAGGAUAACCUCAGUUUUAUUUGUAAACUUGUGAAAAAUCUGAAUAUAGGGAAGUGAGGUAUUGCCACUAGGGAUUUUUCUUAAUGAUGAUUUGAAUUUUCAAUCUGAUUAUUUGAAAUAAGGAUAAAGUAUGAAAGCCAGGUGCUAGCAACAGACAAAUUCUGAGCCCAAUAUGCUUUAUAUUACUGCUAGACAGGGAUUGGUGUGUUUGCACCUAUCUUUAAUUUGUUACAAGUAAUUUUCCUGUUUCUUCUAUCCAGUAUAAUAUUUUCAUGCCUUGAAAUAGGAAAAUGUUUGAACAGCAUAUUCUCUUUGCACAGAAAUCUGUAGCACUACUUUUUUGAGGCCAGUAGUAACAUCCAGAGACCAUUCUUCCAGACUUCCUCCUUUUUCAGACUUGUUUGUAAAAUAUAGAAUUUAGCCUUGAUGAUUGUAUAUGAUCCACAGAAGACCUGAUUUAUGAAAUUUUUAUACUUAAAAAAAUCAGAUUUGAAAAUGAUUGUAUUGUAAACUAAGGCUAAAUUUUUUUUUUUUUAAAUCCUGUUUCCUGUGUUCUGAAGGCCAGCUUGUAAAAGAGUUGCAACAGACUUUCUCUGCAAUGAUUUGCACUGUUAGGGUUUUGUUAGCCCUUUUGUACUACUUUAUUUUUAAAUUGAGAACAAUUGUUCUUUAAAUCUAAGUCUGCUUUAAACCUUAGGACGUUUUCUUGGACCAGCAGCAACUUAUUCAUGAAUUCCUGAAUUUUUUCAAAAACUCUCUCUCUACCAGGACAGAUAAGCUGAACAGUGAUCUGUAGGCAUUUAUGGUCUGAAUGUGAUGGUUGAUUAUAUGUACAUUCUGAUAUUUUUAAACCUUUAACUGUUUUUAAGUUAUAAACUUAUAGCUGCUUAGGUACAGCUUCUUAACUCCUCUUUGAGACACUUCCUGUCCUAUCUCCACUGUGCCUGCCUAAAUUUGUUCUCACCAAGCACUGCCUGUGCAUGCAGAGAAAAAUCUGUGCAUCCUCUUUUAUAUUUUUUAAAUACUGUUUAACAUUUGUGAGAAUUUUAUGAAAAUGCUUUUGUAUGAGCUGUGGCUUUUUUCUCAUUGUGAAGCAUUGAAUAUCAUAUUUUGGAAUAUGUUCAUAGGGUGGGUCCCUGGGUCUUUGUACACCAGACCCAAGCACUGCUUCUAGGUGUCAUUACACAGUGCUGUUUGUCACCCAGAAUACUAUUAUCAUGUGAAUUAUUUUUGGUUAUCUAUGUAUUCCUUAUGUAUGUUUUUUAAUCAUUCCUUUUUUAAGAAAAAGUAAUUUUCCAUUCAUGAAGCAGUAUGAAUUAGAUGUGUUUUCAAAACAGGUCCCUAAGGCAAUUCUUCAGAUCAUUUUUAAAGUGACUAAGUCAUUUUAGUGUCAACCAAGAUAAAAGUUAUAUGUACCCUGUGUUUUGCCCAUAGUGCCAUUAGUAGAUUUGAGAUUAAAGCCAGCUUUAACUGUGCAAAGUUAAAUUGUAUAUGUUCUGUUCUCAUUCAUUCUUCUCUCAAAAAUCAAAUGAAUUCAGAGGGAGCUAACUGCUUUUGUUUCAACUGCAGGCAGGGGAGCAAAAGGACACCAUGUGAGCAUUAAGAAAAAAAUUGUUGAGUGUUAUUAACAAUUUUUAUACAGAGAAUGAGUCAUUUUGGAUAAUGACUUAAAAUUUUAUGAAAAACAUUCAGCACUUAAAUGUGCUUAUUCUGUUUUUUAAGAGAAAAAUAAAAUUAUAUACUGUUUAAAUAAA